AUCGCCACCCAUAACAAUCCCGCACCCGGCAGGAGCAGCUAGCAGCAGCGACCUGCUCAGCGAUUAAGUGCUAAUCGAAACAUCCCCAUCAAAAGCAGGUGUUUUCGAAGAUGAUAUACUAGGUCCCAGGGCCAACCUCUAGGCCAUGCCGUGGCCCGGGCCACAGUUGCGAUUGAUUUUGCUGCUUCUUAUUCUGGCUAUUCUUGGACCACCCGGUAUCAUUGCAGAAGGAAACGUCGGCUGCCUCUUUAGCGAACGCAUUUGUCUUGAAGAGGAAUGGUGUUAUAAUGAUUUAGCUUUUGGGCGUUGUCUACCCACCGCUGGUGAUCUGGACGAAGAUGACCUUUUCAGGUUCGGGCUUCAACAAGACUCUCUCCAUGACCUUAGCAAGGAGUUGCGAAGAUUAUUUGCAUUAGGAUAUCGUUGGGGGCAUUCUUACACACAAUGCCGUCUUCAAGGAAUGCUCUACACUCUUAAACAUGGAAUUGAUUUUGAGCCAGACUCUUGUUCUCAUCUAUCCGACAACGACCUCGAAGGGGCUCUUCGAGCUCUGGAAGGUCAGGUCCAACUCGAUCCUCAAGAAGUUGCCAUUAUUAAGUACACGCCGAGUGUGGAUAACCCGCAUGCUGACUUUGCUGACGAAGUCUACUAUCCACCCGUUGAUAAUAGUCAACAGGAACAGCUGAGGAGGAAAAUCUUAGGUCCAGGAGCAGGAAUUGAUUUAGAUAUGCCAGACCCCUUGUCAGACUACAAAAUGGCCAAAAGAACUUGGAUUCCAUCUAUGAAACGCAGAUCUAUUACACCUUUUUUCGAUGGAAGAUAUGGGGUGCCUAAAUAUAGGAGAGUAGAUAAAGAGCCUAUCGAUUCGAUAGAAUUUCUUCACGAAUAUGAAAACGAGUUUCCUUCAGUCUUAUCCCAACCACCAGAAACACCCAGAAUUGAAGUAGACAACCGAGAUGUUCCAGAUGAAGAGAUGUAUCCUCUUAUUAAGUUGCUGCAACAGCUGAAUCUUUCUCCUAAGGAAGUGGAAAAAUAUCUGAGUAAAUCUAACUAUCGUAAACUGAUAAACAUUCUCAAUGCUAUAAAGGAAGAUGCUGAAACUGAACCAUCUGAUGAGUUUUUGUUAAAUGAAUUGCUGAAGCAGAAAAUGGAACAGUCCGAACCAAACCUACAAGCUUUUGGUCCAGAUGAAAAAUUCGCAUUGACAUACAACACUCCGGAAAACUUUCGGGCUGGAUGGGAGGCCAAAGAUUCCGCCUUGACUAGUGAUGAUUUAGCCGAACCAAGAAUAUAUUUUGAAGAAGAUCAAGAUGAUCAAGGUAAUACUGAAUACGGCAGCGGACACCCUGACGAAUAUUUUUCCGAAAGAGCAUUAGAGUUUUUAAAACCUAGAGAGGUGUUUAGGGAAUUGAAGCAACAACAAGAAAAAGAGGACGAUGAUUUUGAUAAAAAAUGGAAAACAAAGCCUGUAGUGUAUUCUGAAGGUGGGGCAGAACCAGAAGAUUUUGGAGAAUUAGAAAAUCAACAGGAGAUUGCUAUGCGAGACGACUUAAGUAUUUGGGACAGAUAUAACAUGGGGUUUAAAAGACCAGAACGGUUGGAUGUUAAAAAACCCGGACCACCUUUUGAUCCUGCUAUAACAGAGAUGUCUCAAAGAGCCUUAGCCACGAACAAAUUUUCUCAAAACAACUUAAUCCCUUCAAUGAUAAAAAAGGAACCCCGAGGUGCCAAUCCAAACCCAAACAGCAUCUACGAUACCUUAAAGGCACCUUCUCGCGAAACAGACGAAUCGUAUGUGCACGUGGAAUUUCAGGAACCCUUAAGGGACUGGAAGCAAGGGAAAGACAUCAUGAGAAACAUCUCGAAUUUGCUCCAUAUGGAACAGAGGGACUUCACCGAUGGACAGGUUCACUUGAAGUCUGUUUCUUUUAAAGUAGGAUCUAACAAUAACCGAGGAUAUGAUGCUAAUGAAGUAGCUAAGAAAAUCGAACUGAUUAAAGAAGAUCUGGAAAAUUUAACUGGUGUAGAAGUUAUAUCAGCAGGUGUAGGAAAUAAAAUAAGAAUGCAAAACGUCUAUUUCAAACGUAUCAAUACCGAGAACCAGUACAUAGUUAUCUUCUUGGUUUGCGGCGUAUUGGUAGCUCUAAUUCUAGCUACUAUCGUUCUCUCUCUAAUACGAAGACACAUCAAGUAUAAAGAAAAAUUACAAGGCUUAUCCAGACCUGAUACAGAAGCUAGUAAGGAUUACCAAGACCUGUGUAGGGCAAGGAUGGCUACUAAAGGACAGACCACUGACGGUGCUCCUGAUAAAGGAAGAAUAACAUCUUUGUCUCGUGAAUCUGAACAAAGUCCAUCGAGCAGAUCGAGCACAUCCUCUUGGAUUGAAGAACCAGCAUUACACAAUAUGGAUAUAUCCACAGGUCAUAUGGUGCUGAGUUACAUGGAAGACCAUUUGAAGAACAAGGAUAGAUUAGACCAGGAAUGGGUAGCUCUUUGUGCCUACGUGGCUGAACCGUGCGAAACAUCAAUAGCUAUGAGGAAAGACAAUGUAGAGAAAAACAGAUAUCCUGAAGUAGUUCCUUAUGACCAUGCGCGAGUUAUCUUAAAUGAGUUGUCGAAUGCUAACAGCGCAGAUUAUAUUAAUGCUUCGAGUAUUACUGAUCAUGAUCCAAGGAAUCCUGCUUAUAUAGCGACACAAGGUCCUUUACCUCAUACGGCACCUGAUUUUUGGCAACUGAUUUGGGAACAAGGAGCUGUAGUGAUAGUGAUGCUAACUAGGCUUACCGAAGGCGGUACAGCAAUGUGCCAUCGAUAUUGGCCAGAAGAAGGUUCGGAAGUGUACCAUAUCUAUGAAGUCCAUCUAGUUAGCGAGCAUAUCUGGUGUGACGAUUACUUAGUAAGGUCAUUCUAUUUGAAGAACGUUCGAACUGGUGAGACGAGGACUGUCACCCAGUUCCACUUCUUGUCUUGGCCAGAAGCUGGAGUUCCAGCUUCAACCAAAGCCCUGUUGGAAUUUAGACGCAAAGUCAAUAAGUCAUACCGAGGCAGAUCGUGUCCUAUUGUGGUCCACUGCAGCGAUGGUGCAGGUAGAACAGGAACAUAUUGCUUGAUCGAUAUGGUUUUGAGUAGAAUGGCCAAAGGUGCCAAGGAGAUUGAUAUAGCAGCUACGUUGGAACACCUGAGAGACCAAAGACCAAAAAUGGUGGCGACCAAACAACAGUUUGAGUUCGUUUUGACAGCCGUAGCCGAAGAAGUGCAUGCUAUUUUGAAAGCUCUACCACCUCAACCAUCACCUGCGCCUCAAGGUAGCCAGGAAAAAUUGGAAAAAUAAAAAAUAGCACAGUCAGAAUCGACAGAGAACAUCCAUAGUCGUUUUUCUGACAGAAAUCUUGGCGCUCUGACAAUAAGCAACGCUCAAUACCUUUCCUAAACCCUAUUGAGGGUAGCUUACCAUUCCGAGCCUGCUCUUUAUUAUAGAGUCCCAAUACAUUCGAGGGAAAUGCUCUAUAUUUUUGGAACUCUCUAAUAAGUCCCCAUGUGUGUAUUUCAAAUUACUGUGUAUAAAUAUCAUUUAUGGUACCUUUUCAAGAAUAUUUUCUGUUCUACCUUCUUAUCUACAUAUCUAGUAGAAUCUAUCAGGUUUCCCGAAUCGAAAAGUUAGUUACAUAUAAUUAUUGAGAAAGAAAACUUAUAUCUACUAUUUUUUGUGGUCGUAGUAAGUUCAUUUUGGAUAUAUGGUUGUGAGAUUAAACGUGUAUACGAAAAGCAUUGUUUUAAUUUAAGGAAAAAAAAGAGUUUAGGCAACAAUGUGGGGUUCGUACAAAUACAGAAGAGAAUAUCCAAAUUGAAUUUAAUAAAAUACAAUUUUGAGAGUUCAAAUUGUUGUUGCUAAGAAAAAUAUCUUGUAUAACGUAGACGUAUACCAGGUAUUGUAAUAAAGAAAUUAUUAUUAAAUUUUGAAAAAACAUAUUGAAUAUACAGGGUGAGCCAGCUACCAGCUAGUAUUCCGAGAAAACUGUAAAUCUGGUUUAUGGUUUGACAUUUUUACUUCAAUUAUUUUUAAAAAUAUUGUUGUCAAUAUAGAGGGUGAUUGAGACAUUUAUUUACUAAAACACUACAAACUAAAGCUGUAUAUCUUUAAAUAGAAUGCUAGUUGCUCAAAACUAUUUGUACUAAAAUACACAACAGUUGGCAUGAUAUAUACUGGGUGAGUCAAAAUUUGAUGUUUUUGUAUUUUUCUCCACCAUUUCAAAUAGAACACUCUGUAUUCUGUGACAGAAAUAGUUUUUAUCCAAUUUUAUGUUUUAAUAAGUUAUUUUUUUAUAAAAAAUGGAUACACUGAAUUAAUCAAGUGAAAAAUUCAUUAUUGAAUUACGAAUCAUAAAAAUAAAAAAAA